GAAUCAAAAUGUGUAAAUGAAUCGUUUAAUGAAAGGCCAUUUAUAGUGCUUUUUCUGGGACUAAUUGGGUUGGGCAUCGGUCGUACAAUGCCUUGGUCACUCGGAAUACCAAUGAUCGAUGACAAUGUCUCCAACAAAAAUCUUCCGGCAUUUUUUGCCCCGCCUGGACUAACGGCAAAAGAUCCGACGUGGAUUGGUGCAUGGUGGAUGGGAUAUUUAUUCAUUGGUCUUAUCCUCAUUGUGCCGUCAAUUACAUUAUAUUUUUUCCCGACCAGGUGA